CUAUAAUCCGUGCUUGGGUGCGUGGAACUGCGAGUCCAAGUGCAACGGGCUUAAGAACAGAAACCAGCAAGCUUUUCAGGGCCAGCUUACAUACGUAUGACACUCGUACACAGUAUAAUAAUCGCCCUUGGUGAGAAGGCGAGUAGCAACUUCCACUUUCACCGAGGUAGAGCCUCGUCGCGGCGCCCUUUGUACCUGUGGCAUUUAACUUGCCCAAAUGCCGGGCCUUGUCUGCCUCCUGGUCUGCGCGCUCGCCGUGACGGAGUCGGCUGCCAGUGGCGUGCCGCGGAGGGUCCUGCGUCGCUCGGGUUUGCUGCUGGCGGGGCCGGGCCUUGGUGCCGCGCUACCCUCGGCAGCAGCUGCAGGGGAGGGCCUUCUUCAUAGCCGGAGCAGCAAGCUGGUCGACGAGCUCGCAGAGCUGGGCGCUGGCGCACCGGGUGACGGGCUGCGCAUCGCGUUCACUGGCGACCUGGAUGCGCGCGGGCUGUGGCAGGGCCUCUGCUCGACUCUGGGCGCCGAGGCCGCUGGUGCAGAGAUUCCCCCAGACAGCAGCGGCCCCGCAUCUUGCCGGGUUACGGGCGCGGGCCUGGUCCUGGAGUAUGUGCCGGCAUCGAUGUGCGGGCCCCUCCGUGCCUCCGCGCGGGCUUCCCUUGCCGGGGCCACGGCCGUCGUCCUGGGUGUCAGCGCCAAGCAGGGCAUGCACCUCGGUGACGCCCUGCAGCUGCGCUGCCCCACAUCCGAUCCCACAGCCGCUGUCGCAUCACUUGUUGGCAGCCUCCACGAGGCGUUCGGCGACGCAAAUGUGCCCAUCGUGGUGCUGGGCCCGGCGGCGCUGUGCCCACACCGCCUGCCGCCGGAGCUCGAGGCCGCAGUGCAUGACGCGCAGGCCGCCGACCCCGCGGCCCGGAAUCAGAUGGUUGCGGAGUGCGCUGCGGCGCUGGCGGCUUGGGCGGUGCCGGACGAUGAUGUUGGCGUGAACGCCGCCGGAUGGCGCGGCGGCUCGGCGGCAGCGGCUGAGGCGGUGUGCGCCAUGUCGCUGCUGUCAGCCAACGGUGUGGAGGAGUGGAACGCACAGGUGGCUGGGGCGGUGCAGCUGCUGCAGGACACCUGGCUGAGCGCGGGGGCGGCGGCGCCAUCCGUGGCUUUCGUGGACAUGCACCGCCUCACCAAGGGCCAGUGCGAGGCAGGGGCGCCAGCGCCGGGGGCCGCGGCUGCGCCCGAGGACAACGCGGCGCAGGUGUUCCCGACCCUGACCGUGCCAAUCAUGCUGGAAGUGAUGGACAAGCUGGGCACACAGCUGACGGCCGUGGCGGCGGCGCGGCGCUGAGCUUCCUGGGUUCGCGCGUUAUCGCUUGAAGGCUCAAAAUUCUUCCAUGCAAAAGUCAGGCAGGGCCCCCAGCGUGCUGAUAGGAGUGCCGCUGGACAGGCGGGCGAUUGGGGCUUGGAUUCGGGCUCAAGUUGCGCUCAGUUGGCGCACGCGGCAAGCAUUAGAAGUGCGCGGCAGAUUUUCGUUUUUGCAGGAGUUGUGCGCGCGGUUUGGCAGGUGGCAGCUGGAACUGUGGUUAGGAUGUGUCGGGCACGUUACGUUUCGGGCACCUGGUAUUUUGCUUGAGUUGCAGGGGAUUGUCGCGUGUGUUUUGGAAUCUAGUUUAGCCUGCGUCUCGCCACCUAGCUGGCAAUCUUGUGGCGCUUGGUGAUGGCUGCCAGUGGCAUGCAGCCCUAGUACCUAGCCCUAGUACCUAGCCCUAGUAUCUAGCCCUAGUAUCUAGCCCUAGUCCUAGCAUCACAGUAGCAUGGCGAUGAAGCCAUUUGUUAGUCAACCUGACGGCGCGUGUGUUCGGCACGCGCCGGUCAGAUGUUUAAGGGGGACCCCUAGGCGCGGACAUGCGUGGCUAGUUUUAAGCUCUAGUUGGUGCUUGAGCACUCUUAGGCGCCCUGCGCGCGAGGACUGUUGCAACCAGCAAUCCUGCAGUUUAGACGUGGUAGCGGAGUGCUGUCGAAAUGCGAACGCGAAUGUGCGCGACACGAAGAGAAGUUGUAGUCGCUAGCACGCAUAGAAGGUACAUGGUACGUGGCUUUGGCUUGGUGAAUGGUAUCGGCUGUGGCACUUAGGACUUGGCAUGUGUAGGCAGCAGGGACGCGUGUGCCUACGUGUGCUGGAUAGCGCAGUACAUGCAGGUGGAAUUUCAUAAUCUUUUGCACGCGCGAGGAACCCAUCAGGCCAGUGUAAUUUAUAAGUAGUACAUGUCUUGGGUUGAGAGGUUUGCAAGCAGUUACAGUCGAACGAAACGGGCGCGGUUGUGUCAUGGAGCUGACCCGCUGGGCGCCGCGGCUCUGGCGAGCACAGGGUUGGCUUCGACCCUCCGCAUCGGUGUGGGAAGGCACGUUGGGCUGCCAGGCGAGGGAGGCAAAGAGGGAGGGACCGAGGGGGUUUUCUCAUGUGCACGUUGUAACCCAACGCUGGA